AUGCCCCUCGGUUCGGUCAAUACAAACGGCAAUCCCCAGUCCGGACAACACGCCAACACCGAUUCCAAUUCGCUAUACGGGCAACAAUCCAACAGACGGGCCAAGAGGGGCUCAGUAGCAAGCUCCGCAAGCAACAGCGGCGCAUUAUCGUUGGAUCGCCAGCCGGAGGAGAAGCUGAGCCAAGAGGCUUCGAUCGACGUCCUCUCACUAAGGCUGCAGAGUAUGACUCCUGAAUCGAGAGAGGAAGAGUUUGGUCAAUUGGACGCGGUGACACUGAAGAAACUCUUUGACUCAAGCGAUUGGUACAAAGACAAGAUUCAAAAAUCCGCAAACGCAAAAGGGACACUGUUGGCGGCCAGCAUAGAGCGCGACCGAAGUGAGCCUAGCGGAAGUGGUCGCACCUGUUACUACUGCUACGAGAAGUACGGAGAAGACAGAUUCGGCAAGGACCAGCCCGCCUACGCCAUCCUGAAAGCCAACGGAAAUUACAGACCGUUCAACAAGAAGCGCAAAUACCCCGAAUCAUUCUGUGUGGGUUGCGGCGUCCGUCUCCACUUUUACCGGCGCUACCGGCGCUUCGAUUCAGAGACCGGCCCGGUUUGGUGGGCCUGCCGCUGCCGAGUGCUACGCCCCGUUGUGGACGAUGAGAAUGAACCUUGCCCGGAUUGCAACUGCGUUUGCCCGCUCAGGAACCCUAACGAAGAGGAUGAUACCUUUGAGUCGGACGAGUCGGAUGGGUCGGACCCUUGA